AUGGCUUUCCCUUGGCAUCUCAGUAAAAAACAAAGACCAACCAAAGCUGAAGAGAUGAGCUUCACCGAGCAAUUCCUAGCACUUGGCUCCAACAACAAAAUAACCAAUGCGCUUUUGUGGGGCAUCUUCGCCGUUGGCGUGUUGAAAGCUACCACUUUCGUGUUGAGUUUGUCCAGCUUGGUCGCAGACUUGUUUGUCCUGCCAGGCGUGAGCUUCUCCAAGUAUGGUGCCAAGAAGGGCAAGUACUGUGUUGUCACUGGUGCCAGUGACGGAAUUGGCAAGGAAUACGCACGCCAGUUGGCCAAGCGCGGGUUCAACUUGAUCCUCAUCUCGCGCACUCUUUCGAAACUGGAGGCAUUGAAGGCGGAUUUCGAGAGCGCGUUCGGCGUGCAGGUCAAGGUUUUGGCCAUUGACAUCGCACAGGAUUCGCCCGAGAACUACUCCAAGAUCCGGGACAUCUGCGCGGGGCUUCCUGUGACAGUUUUGAUCAACAACGUGGGCCAGAGCCACAGCAUCCCUGUGCCCUUCUUGGAGACGGAGGAGGACGAGAUGCGCAACAUCAUCACCAUCAACACGACCGCGACGCUCAAGAUCACCCAACUGGUUGCUCCCUUGAUUGUGCAGAACGCCAAGGAAUCCCGCUGCAGAGGUCUCAUUUUGACGAUGGGUUCUUUCGGCGGCCUGCUCCCCACCCCUCUCCUCGCCACCUACUCUGGCUCCAAGGCCUUUUUGCAAGCGUGGUCCGCCGCGCUAGCUGGCGAGCUGAAACCCCAGAACGUCGACGUUGAGAUCGUGCUGUCGUACUUGGUCACCAGCGCGAUGUCGAAGGUCCGCAGAUCCUCGGCGAUGAUCCCCAGCCCAGCGCAGUUCGUGGCCGCGACGCUCAAGAGCGUGGGCCGCCGCUCGGGCGCGCAGGAGCGGUUCGCGACGAUGACUCCAUACUGGUCGCACGCGCUGUACCACUUCCUGAUCGAAAACACGGUCGGCGUCUACAGCAAGGCGGCCAACACGAUCAACUACACCUUCCACAAGAGCAUUCGGACGCGCGCGCUGCGCAAGGCCGCCAGACAGGCCAAGCACGAGUGA